AUGCGCGUGCUGAGAUCCCUCCCCGCCCUGCUGCUGCGGCUCCCAGCUCAGCCCGGAUCACUCCGCCAGAAGACCCGGCUGACCGCCCCGAGCCUCCUCACCGCCCUACACCCGGUGACCCGCCCACACCCGACACACACACCCGGCAUGGAGGAGCAGCUGGCCCCCCUCAGACUGGCCGUCAAAGAGCAGGGCGACGUCGUACGAAAAUUAAAAGAAGAGAAAGCUCCUCAGGUCGAUGUGGACAGAGCCGUGGCAGAGCUGAAAGCCAGAAAAAGGACUUUGGAAGCCAAGGAGUUGUCCCUUCAGCCCAAGGAUGAUAUCGUGGACAGGGCCAAGAUGGAGGACACACUCAAAAGGCGCUUCUUUUAUGACCAGGCUUUUGCCAUAUAUGGAGGGGUCAGCGGAUUGUAUGACUUCGGGCCUGUCGGCUGUGCGCUGAAAAACAACAUCAUCCAGACAUGGAGACAACACUUCAUACAGGAGGAGCAGAUCCUGGAAAUUGACUGCACCAUGCUGACCCCAGAGUCUGUUCUCAAGACAUCUGGGCACGUUGACAAGUUUGCCGAUUUUAUGGUGAAAGAUGUCAAGAACGGUGAAUGCUUCCGGGCCGACCAUCUUCUAAAAGCUCAUCUCCAGAAACUAAUGUCUGACAAAAAGUGCGCAGCAGAGAAGAAAGCCGAGAUGGAGAGUGUGCUAACACAGAUGGACAAUUAUGGGCAACAAGAACUGGCAGACCUCUUUGUCAAGUACAACGUAAAGUCCCCCAUUACCUUAAAUGACCUCACCCCUCCAGUGUCUUUCAAUCUGAUGUUCCAGACAUCCAUUGGACCCGGGGGCAACAUGACAGGGUAUCUCCGACCGGAAACUGCACAAGGAAUCUUCCUCAACUUCAAACGGCUGUUGGAAUUUAAUCAGGGAAAACUGCCAUUUGCUGCUGCUCAGAUUGGGAACUCUUUUAGAAAUGAGAUUUCUCCCCGUUCAGGACUCAUCAGGGUUCGAGAAUUCACUAUGGCAGAAAUCGAGCACUUUGUCGACCCCAAUGAGAAAAUCCACCCCAAAUUUGAGGCUGUAGCAGACUUUAAUAUCCUGUUGUAUUCCUCCAAAGCACAGCUCAGUGGAGAGUCGGCACAUAAGAUGAGGCUGGGCGAUGCUGUGGAGCAGGGUGUGAUCAAUAACUCAGUCCUGGGAUACUUCAUUGGAAGAAUCUACUUAUACCUCAUUAAAGUCGGUGUGUCAGCGGAGAAGCUGCGGUUCCGGCAACACAUGGAAAAUGAAAUGGCACAUUACGCCUGCGACUGCUGGGAUGCUGAAGCCAAAACCUCUUAUGGCUGGAUAGAGAUCGUUGGCUGUGCGGACCGCUCAUGUUACGAUCUUUCCUGCCAUGCCAGAGCCACAAAGGUGGUGCUUGCUGCCGAAAAGCCUCUUAAAGAACCCAAAACCGUUAAUGUUGUCCAGUUCGAGGCCAGUAAAGGAGCAAUCGGCAAAUCGUACAAGAAGGACGCCAAGCUGGUGAUGGAGUAUCUUGCGAUUUGUGACGAAUGCUUCAUCACAGAGAUGGAACAGCUGCUACAGGAUAAAGGGGAAUUCACUAUAGAGACAGAAGGGAAGACUUUUCUACUGACAAAGGAUAUGGUCAGUGUGAAGAGGUUUCAGAAAACGAUACAUGUCGAGGAAAUUGUGCCAAAUGUGAUUGAGCCCUCGUUUGGUCUCGGGAGAAUCAUGUACACCGUUUUUGAGCACACAUUCCAAGUCAGACAAGGAGACGAGCAGAGGACGUACUUCAGCUUUCCAGCAAUUGUAGCGCCAUACAAGUGUUCAGUGCUCCCUCUGAGCCAGAAUCAGGAAUUCAUGCCUUUCGUGAAAGAAUUAUCUGAAGCUUUAACAAGGAAUGGAGUGUCGCACAAAGUGGACGACUCCUCUGGGUCCAUCGGCCGCCGCUACGCUACGCCCGGACGGAUGAGAUCGGUGUAGCCUUUGGUAUCACAAUAGACUUCGAUACAGUAAAUCGCACGCCACACACCGCAACACUUAGAGACCGGGACACAAUGCGGCAGAUCCGAGCUGAGAUAUCUGAGCUCCCUGGGAUCAUCCGAGAUUUAGCGAACGGUUGUCUGACAUGGGCGGAUGUGGAGAGCAAAUAUCCAGUGUUUGAGGGACAGGAGACCAGCAAGAAGGACUCAACAGAAGAGUAG